AUGGCGGGGACGUCAUACGAUGCGUCCAUUGGCCUACUUUCCGAUGCCUCCUUUUUGUCGACUUUGGUUGCCUCCUUCUUCGUCAUUAUCUGCUCCGAGCUCGGCGAUAAGACGUUCAUGAUCACUGGGUUGCUCGCGAUGAAGGAGGGAAACGCGCUCUACGUCUUCUUCGGCUCCAUCGCCGCACUCUGGCUGAUGACGGGCCUGAGUGCCGUGGGCGGCGUUCUGCUCCCAGCGAUCCUCUCGCGAGAAAUCACGCACUGGCUGAUGAUUGGGAUGCUGGCCGUCUUCGGCGUGAAGAUGUUACUGGAGGGCUUUUCUGCGGAGAUCGGAGACACCGGCGAAGAACUGUCCCGUCUCGAAAAAGAACUGGCGUUGAAAAAAGACGCGCCGACAGAAAUGACUACGCAAGGCCGCCCAAGCAAGCAGGCCGAGUCCGCGGCCCCGACGCAAAGCGACGGCGACGGCCUUCAGACACGUCAUGCGCCUACCGCGACAGCGGACGACGACGCGACUCCUCUCAAGGCUGCGCCCUCCGCGGGCCGCGAGCUCAGCCGCGCUGGCCCCGAAGAAGCCGGCAGUUGCAGCGUUUUUUGCAAGAGCGGCCGCAUGCUCUACGCGGCUGCUGCUUCGUUCCUCAGCCCCGUCUUCCUGCAAAGCUUCGGCCUCACCUUCGUCGCCGAAUGGGGCGACCGAUCGCAAAUCUCCACCUUUGCGCUCGCGGCAGACAGAAGCGUCGUGGGCGUCUUUCUGGGAGCUGCGCUGGGCCAUGCGCUGUGCACCGCGCUGGCCGUUCUGGGAGGGAAGGUUCUGGCUUCGCGGAUCUCCGAGAGAAUCGUCCUGCUCACGGGAGGAGUCAUGUUUAUCCUCUUUGCGAUCUUCGGCGCCGUUCUCGAUCUGUGA